AUGCCGGCCCGAGUUCAGAGUGCGCUUAUGCCUCCCGUCGACUGCGCCAUGUGCCGUGGUUUGAAAAGCAUCGAACGGAAGACCUCUCUAAGUCAAUGGGAUUUCGAGCAGAAUCACGCCUACACGGGAGUUCCCGUGGUUGUCACCGAUGGAGCCUCGAACUGGACCGCGCUGCGAAGUUUCUCUCUGGAAUUCUUCAAGAAUGUCUACGCAAGCGCGUCGGCUAAAACGUCCAAGAGCUACUGUCAGUUCUUCCCUUACAAAACAGAAUUCAGAAGCCUUUUCGAGGUAUUCAACAUGUCUGCCCAGAGAUCACGGCAGCCCUGGUAUAUUGGAUGCUUCUAUAUCGACCAUGUGGGAAAGCCAUCCUGGCAGGCUCAGAUUAGGGGCCGCAAGCAGUGGAUCCUCGAGCCUGUACCUGAAUGUUACUCGGACUGCCAGAGCCUCGAGAUCGUCGUCAACCCAGGAGAAAUUUUCGUGGUGGAUUCCAACCUGUGGUACCACAAGACACUCAUCAUCGGAGAUGAAGUCAGCAUCGCGAUCGGCUCGGAAUACGACUGAAAACAGCGUUGCUCUUCCGUCUUUCCUGACACGCCGUUUUAACAGUCGUGUUCGAGCUGUCAGACGGCGGCUUUCUCGAAAACACCGCCCAUAGCAGUCUUCGGUUUACCCUCUUACGCGAUUGUAAAGAGCCCGUGCUUGAGUGCAACGAGGCGAAAGUUCCGUUUGGCGCUUUUAUUGCUAAAAGCAAGGUCUAGAAUACUGGAGCUGGGGAAGCGUAUCCUCUAUCACGUACAGCCCUCCUACGCAGACUGGACACUCCCCCAAAGUGCUGUCUUCGAUUUUCCCCUAUUCACGUACCCAACGCUUGAAUUGUAUUUGCUACGGGACAUCGUUACUUAGUAAGGACUUAACUCCCCCCCCCCCCCCUUUCCCCCCAUCUCCCUUCCAGAAGGAAAAAAAGAACAAAGGCAACGGAGACGCUGUUG